GGCGAGCACGUCGAGGUCUGUUUUUCUCAUUUAUUUUUAGUUCUGUUUAUAUAGUAUCGAAGUUUUUCAAUUAUUUUAAACCAGAAAUAUGUUAGUAAAACUGACUUUACAAUGGAUACGAAUAAGGUGGUGUGUUAUGCUCAUCCCGAUGCACCGCUCAUUGAGGACUAUAGAGCGGGUGACAUGAUAUGUUCAGAAUGCGGCCUCGUUGUUGGCGAUAGAGUAAUUGAUGUGGGAUCUGAAUGGCGUACCUUCAGUAAUGAGAAGUCAGGCGUUGACCCAUCUCGUGUUGGUGGUCCAGAGAAUCCACUUUUGUCUGGAGGUGAUCUUUCUACAAUUAUUGGCCCUGGUCGAGGGGAUGCCUCUUUCGAUAGCUUCGGAGUAUCGAAAUACCAAAACAGGCGAAACAUUAGCAGUACUGACAGAGCUCUCAUAAAUGCCUUCAGAGAAAUAAACACAAUGGCAGAUCGUAUCAACUUACCAAAAACAAUCGUUGACAGAGCAAAUAAUUUAUUUAAACAGGUUCAUGACGGUAAGAACUUAAAAGGUCGAGCAAAUGAUGCAAUAGCAUCUGCUUGCUUAUACAUAGCAUGUCGGCAAGAAGGUGUGCCGCGUACUUUUAAAGAAAUUUGCGCAGUCAGUAAGAUCAGUAAGAAAGAAAUCGGUAGAUGUUUCAAGCUCAUCCUCAAGGCAUUGGAAACUUCAGUCGACUUGAUCACAACCGCAGAUUUCAUGUCUCGGUUCUGUUCGAAUUUGGCACUGCCGAACUCAGUUCAAAGAGCCGCAACUCAUAUUGCGAGGAAGGCUGGGGAAUUGGAUAUUGUAUCUGGAAGAAGUCCUAUUUCAGUUGCAGCUGCCGCUAUAUACAUGGCUUCACAGGCUUCAGCAGAUAAACGCAGUCAGAAAGAAAUCGGUGAUAUUGCUGGUGUAGCAGAUGUCACCAUUAGGCAGUCGUACAAGCUGAUGUAUCCAUUUGCAGCUAAGUUAUUCCCGGAAGAUUUCAACUUUGCAACACCCAUAGAGUUCCUGCCACAGAUGUAAAUAUAUUAAGUGUUAAUUGUAUACAGUGAAAUAAAUAUAUGGUGAGUUCGAUAUUAAGUAGAAAUAAGUUGAAAGUAAAAGUUUUUAUAUGUUAAAUUGCUAUACUUAACAUUAAGUUUGCUACAAAAUUACAUGGAAUAUCCAUAAAAUUUAUAUUGUAUAAAUAUAUAAUAUUACAGUUGGUUGAAUUCUAAAUUUAUAUUACACAAGUAAUCAACUUGAAAUGUAUAAGUAGUACACAUUCACUGUAUUUAUUAUUGAUGAUAAAAACUACUAUUGGGAUCUGAAAUAUCCAUCAGAUGUUCGAUCUCAUUCUCCACCUAGAGGUCUUGCACAAAUCACUGCGACCAUGUAAAACACGAGUUUUAAGACCUCAAUUGCAUAUUUCUUUGAUUUCGAUAUUUAUCUGAAAUUACAGAUUAAAAAGUUCCUACAUACAUAUGUGAACUUGAUAAACAUGGUCGGCAAAGUUACGUUGUAUUCUUUUAUAUUUUUUUGUGUUAAGUGUUAAGAUAUAUUUGAGAUCCCAAUACAAUAUGAAAGUGAUUCAAAUAUUUCACUUUUCCAGAUAACUAUUGACCAAUGACCAAGCUAUAUAUGUGAUGACUUAAAUAGACUGAAAUUUAACGUUUAAUUUGAAAUUUUGUUACCGUUUCUGCAAAAGGUUGUGUGUGAAAAAGAAAGACAGAGAAAACUAAUUGUUUGCUUAUAUUUUUUAUUAUUAUUUAUUCAUAUUUUCUUUCUUUUGUUCUUUUUAUAUAUAUUUUAUAAAUUUGAUAGCAUUACCUUAAUUAUAAGUUAUUUUUAUACACAACCUUUAGCACAGUAUCGUUUUAGAUUUAUAGAAAGUUAAGCCGUUUCUUUAAUGUUUUGUUUUAAACUGACUGGUUGCAAAAAACAGUAAAUAUUUAAACUCUUUCUCCUACACCAUGAAAACUUUCUAAAUAUAUAAUAAAGUGUAAAAUUAUCUUAAAUACUAUUAAAUUAAAUUUAACUUAGAAAUAAUGUAUAUGUAUUAUAACGGAAUGUGGAAUGGUAAAAAAUCAGUAUCAAUGUAAUAUAAUAUUUUUCAUGCAUUUGUUUUUCAUUAUAAAUACAUUUAUGAGAAAAUUUUGUAAAGAAUUUCGUAUGGUGUGUAUUCAAGUGUUGAUAUUUUGAGUUUGGCGGGCACAGUUAAGACAUUUUGUAUUCUCAUUAAUAAGUCAAAUAUUAAACAAUGCCUUUAAGACAUCAUUAUUUCAACACACAUAGAACAAUAAUUGUAUUAUUUGAUUUUAUAAUUACAAAAGUUUAGUUUUUAAUAAAAGUUGAAAUAAUAUCAAUAUAGAAACUUUUCCAAAUAGAUUUUUUUUAAAUAUUUUUAAAACAACAGUUUUGUUUAUAUUCAGUUAAAAAAACUUGUUCAUAACAAUUUCGUAAUUAGACAAAUGUACUGAAAACAAAUAAUAUAUAACAUUAGGUUAUAUAUGCAAAAUAUCAGCUGGAUCAAACAUCUGGAACGGGUUUAAAAAUCACUUUGUAGAUGUGACCCAACAUACUAACAGAUGAAGGUAUAAAAUGGUUUGUAAACGAACUAUUUCUCAAUUGAAAAAAAAAAAACUUGGCUAUCAGUUUCUUCUUAAAUCAUUCAUACAUUCAUUCAACCCUGUCAUUGAUCUUCUAAUUAUGAGUGUAACGAAUAUUUAAAAUAUAGUUGAUUUUAACAGUUAAAAGAAGUAAUAUGUUCAUUAAAAUGUUAUUUUUGCCUUAAAGAAUGUGGUGUAUAGGGAAAUAAUUUAAAACUGUAAAGAGACGCAGACACGUACCGGUUGGGUAGAUGUCCAUAGAUAAUGUAAGGAUUUUUUCUUCAGCUACGUAAGAUUCCUUCAGACAUGAAUCAAAAUUCUCGCAUAGUUCUUCAUUUGACCGUUAGAAGCGCUCCAAUCAAUAUAUAAUUCGAUUUCGUAUUGAUAUUUAAAUGGCGGGAAAACAUCACAUUGAACGCCAUAUGCAUUUUCUUCUGUUCUUUUAAAAUAUUCCUUUUUUAAAAUAUAGAAUCAAUAUUUAUGACAACGAUUAAAAUUAAACACUUACGGUCGUUCUUAUAAAAGUUGCUUAACGGGUGAUUAGUUUCGCAAUGCUUUGUCUUCUUCUUUCGAAUGUCGAAUUAAUAAUGCAAGAAAGAGCGAAAUCAGCCGCUAAGCAACGUAUACAGUUAAGGCCGUUAAUUUAUUUAUUCGUAUUUUGUGACAGAUGUAUAAGUAUUUUUACAAAACACCAAAGCUAUCAUUUUGAAACUUUGUAUGAAACAUCAUUCAAGAAUACUUUUUUUUUUUAAUUUUUAAACUCAUUCCGUCAUACAUUUUUUUAAUACUUAAAUAAAUAAUUAAAGAGAGGCACCCAAUUAAUAUCAAUUGUUCAUUUUCGUUUCACAAAUUACUCGAUAAAAGUAUGUCUACGAUACAAGGUAUGUGUGAGAUCUUGUUUAUAAUUUUGUUAGAUUAAGUAUUUACACCGAGUAACCAAUUUUGUGAAUGUGAUUUAUGAUAUAAUUAUUAAGUAUUCCAUUAAAACUUUCGUUUA